AUGGAUCUCUUACUUCCAUUCCUGAACAACACUGCAACUCUUGCACUUUCCGUUGUUCUUUUGCUUUCUUACUUCCUGUUCACGAGACCCAAAUCAGGAAAAGGGAAACAAGUACCAGAAGCAGGGCGAUCAUGGCCAGUCAUCGGGCACCUCCUUUCGCUGGGAGGAGCUGAGCUUCCCCACUUGAAGUUUGCAGAGUUGGCUGACAAAUAUGGUCCAAUUUUCAUGGUCAGGAUCGGUCUGUUCCCAACUCUGGUGGUCAGUACUUCAGAACUGGCUAAAGAACUCUACACCACUCACGAUGCAGCCAUAUCUUCUCGCCCCAAUUUCACAGCUUCUUUGAUCUUGGGCAACAACAGCGCCAACUUCGGGUUCUCUCCUUACGGCGAGUACUGGCGCCAGAUGAGGAAAAUAACGGCCCUGGAACUGCUCUCCAACCGAAGGCUUGACCUCCUGAAACAUGUCAGGACUUCAGAAGUGAAAGCAGCAAUCAAGGUUCUGUACACACUGUGGGAGAAGAACAACAGCAGAACUGGAGGCGGCAAAGUUUGUGCUCAGAUGAACAAAUGGUUCGGGGACAUGAAUUUGAACGUCAUACUAAGGAUGGUUGCAGGGAAGAGGUACUUUGGCAGUGUCGCGGUAGAGGACGAGAAGCAGGCUGAGAGAUGCAGGAAACUGAUGAGAGACUUCUUCCAUUACGCAGGGCAGCUUGUUGCGAGGGAUCUGUUCCCAUUUCUUGGGUUUCUGGACAUAGGUGGACAUGAGAAGACAAUGAAGAAACUCAGUGAUGAUCUGAACAGACUCGCCGAGGAAUGGAUUGAAGAGCACCGUAGCAAGAAGGAAACAACAUCGUCUGAUGAUGAACAACAACAAGACUUCAUAGAUGUCUUGCUCUCCGUCUUGAAAGAUGUCGAUCUCAAUGGUUACGAUCUAGACACAGUCUGCAAAUCCACAGUCAUGACUCUCAUUGUUGGAGGCACUGAUACCACAACCGUGACUCUAACCUGGGCUCUAUCCCUUCUCCUGAACAAUCCAAGCACCUUAACUAAGGCGCAGGAAGAACUCGACGCGAUCGUGGGCAAAGACAGGCUGGUGGAUGAAUCAAACAUUGCCAAGCUUCCCUACUUCCAAGCCAUUCUAAAGGAGGCAAUGAGGCUCUACCCAGCAGGUCCAAUUGGAGGCCCCCGAGAAUUCUCCAAGGAUUGCACAGUAGCUGGGUACCAUGUCCCAGUUGGGACUCGGCUAUUAGUAAACCUAUAUAAGUUACAAACUGAUCCCAAGGUGUGGUCAAACCCUAUGGAGUUCAAGCCAGAGAGGUUCCUUACUGCACCAUACAAAGACCUCGAUGUGAAAGGGCAGCACUUUGAGCUCAUCCCAUUUGGUGCUGGAAGAAGGUCGUGCCCUGGAAUCAACUUCGGCAUUCAGAUGACUGAAUUGGCUCUUGCCAGUUUCCUGCAAGCUUUUGAGAUCUCAACCCCGUCUGGUGAACCGGUUGACAUGACUGCAGCUUCUGGGCUGACUGUUAGCAGAGCCACCCCGCUUGAAGUUCUGGUUAAGCCACGGUUGCCUCCAAGCCUCUACCAAUAG